CAAUGGGGUACACCUCCAAAUGCUCCGCAAUGGGGAACACCUCCAAAUGCUCCGCAACGGGGCUCAUCAUCAAAUGUUCCACAAUGGGGUACACCUCCAAAUGCUCAGCAAUGGGGCUCAUCAUCAAAUGUUUCACAAUGGGGUACACCUCCAUAUGCUCAACAAUGGGGCUCAUCAUCAAAUGUUCCACAAUGGGGUACACCUCCAAAUGCUCAGCAAUGGGGUUCAUCAUCAAAUGUUGCACAAUGGAGUACACCUUCCAAUGCUCACCAAUGGUGUUCAUCAUCAAAUGUUCCACAAUGGGCGGGUUCAUCACCAAAUAUUCCACAGUGGGGUACACCACCAAAUGUUCAACGUGGAUUUUCAGUGGGACCAGAAGCAGAAACAAAUACGAAUAAUCAACAAAGAGGUUUAGUAGAAGCAGAAGGUCGCACCUCAGCCAACCUUCACAUGAGAGUAUCACCGGAAUUUGGUUUCACAAAUUAUUCUUCAGAAGCGCAAAUUCCAAGAUCACGCAGAAGGGGAGGAUUAUUCAACAUUUGGGGAAAGAAACAAGGACCAAAUUUAAAUGAAAGUCAUCAAAGCGAGUCUGAGGAUGAAGAUUAG